GCGUAAUUUACCAGAACCUGGGCUCUCAACCCCAUUUGUUUAUUCCCCAUUUUGUCCACGUUCUCCGCCACGGGUUACCUCCGCCCACGGCGUCUCUGUCAUAACAAUAACAUUAAUUGAGAAGAAUCGCAUAAAAGGGAGGUACUCAUAAAAUAAUGGGCGCGUCGUUAUCGAGCCUGACGGAGAACGGGUCGGCCAAUGACAGGCCUGGUUUAGGGGACAUACCGGAGAGCUGUGUCGCCAGUGUUUUCUUGCACCUGACGCCGCCGGAGAUCUGCAACUUGGCUAGGCUCAACCGCGCUUUCCGUGGCGCCGCCUCAUCCGACUCCGUCUGGGAAACCAAAUUGCCCUCCAACUACCAACAGUUGCUCGACCUUUUUCCGGAAGACAGAUACCAUGGACUGUGCAAAAAAGACAUAUUCGCCUUCCUCUCUCGUCCAGUUCCUUUUGACGACGCCAACAAGGAAAUAUGGUUGGAUAGGGUUACUGGAAGGGUUUGCAUGGCAAUUUCUGCAAAAGCAAUGACCAUAACAGGGAUUGAGGAUAGGAGAUACUGGAACUGGCUUACCACAGAAGAGUCUAGGUUAUAUACUUGGACUUAAAUCUAAUUAUUUAUGAUGUCAUAAAAUGAUUCAGACUCAUUGUAUGGGUUGGACAUCUUAUUUAGAAGUGCUAUAGAGAGCUCAUUAUGUAGUGAUAUUAAAAUGAGGUCUGUUUAUAUUUAUAUAAAAUGUUUUAUAAAAAUUCUUUUCUUCCCUCUCUACUUAUUGUUGAUUCUUCAUCCCAUAGUAAUUUGGUUCGUAGUUAUAUUUAAUUAUAUGCAUUCCAUCAUUUCCAAUGGAGCCAAAGACUCACUAUUUUUUGGCUUGGGAAUAUGAUGGAAUAAAGCAAAAUGGCUCACUGAACUGUCCAUGCAAUUUUCAAUGCGAUUUUCAUCAUGGGUCAUCUGGAAAUAGUCUCUAUGUGCUUGAGUACAAGGGUAAGGCUGUGGACAUCUGACCCCCUUAUCCCACCGUAGGUGGGAGCCUUUGCGGCACUGGGUAAUGUUGUUGUUGUUUAGUUAUAUUUAAGUAUAUACUCGAAUUGCUUUUAAUAUUUCUUGACUGGUGUAAUUGAUUUGAGUUAGGGGUAUUUUUGAAUUAAAGAAUGGACCUAUGACAUUAUGAUCUAACAAUGGCUAUCAACUUAAAGUUGUAGAAUUUCGGGAGAUAUACUAUUCCAUUAAGUCUGGGACAUUAAUCUGGAACAAAUGUGAGGAAAGUUGGAUUGUGUGGUUGAUAUUGAACUUGUAAAAGUAAGAAUGGCUAUGUCUCAAAAUAUAGUCAGAUUUGGUAUAGGACCAACUUAGCAAGAAGGAUAAAUUAGAAAGACGUGACAAAUAUUGUGGGGCAAAGGGAUUAUUUAACUUCAAAGUGCUGUUUGAUUAAGUUCUACUUUUAUCAAAAUGCUCUAUAUUUCAUGAAAGCUGUCUAUGAUUUAGGGAUUUAAAAUCUUCAGUCACGUUUUAUGAAGGAAAUUGAAGUUCCAAGAUGUUGUGAGUUGAGAAAACUAAACUUUUCUUAUUCUGUGCAAAAUAUGCAUCGCAACAGGUUUAGUUCAGCCUUAUAAAGUAUCCAUGUGAUCCUAUAGUGCUUCAAUCAUCAUAGUUUUUCUUUUGUUUUCCUUUGGAUUUAGAAACAUAUUAGUAUUCAGUAUGCUUUAUCAGAACAGAUAUUUGGACAACUUUUUGGGAACCGAAUCGACGUCAUAAUCUUGAUCCCAUGAAAAUUUAGUCAUCGAAAAUCAGUAGUAACCAUUUGCUCUUGUUUUAUACAUAUCGAGCGUUUUGUUUAAAUUUAAUAAGCUGAAAUAAGUAUAUCGUGGUAGGGUGCGCUAAAUCAACCUAAAAUUAAUCCUUGUUUUUUUUCUUCUGUGAAAUCUAUGUUAGUGAUUGGCAUUGCUUGUCGUUUCGGAUAGAUGGCUUGUAGUGAAACCAAUUCCAGUUUAUUCUUAAAUUUCGAGAUUGAUAUUGCUUUCCAGUGUUCUAUGGGAAAUACAAUAUGUCAAUGUCAUGGCCAUUCUUAGUGGGGUUUCUGCCAACUAAUUUAAGUGCACCCUUAUGUAUUUGAAUUUAUUCCGAUAGUGUUUCCUGUAGUUUGGACAUUCAGCUAUGCAUGCUCCUGAAUGACUGUCUAGUGUCUUUGAUAUUAUCUGAAUGGGAAAAUUUCCACUUUAACAUUUCCAAAAUGGCAUACAGCUCUUUCCAUUUUUGGUCAUUUCAUACUGUGAGAUAUAAUAAAGCAUAAAAGAUUGGGUCCGCAUUGCAGGCAAAUGGUGAAAAUUAAACAAAGAUGGAAAGUUUUAAGAAUAAGUUGUGAAUUCGAGCGUGUAAAAUAUGUUGCAAACAUGAAUAUAUCUUGUAUGUUAUGCUUAUUACAAGGGAACAUAACUAAGAGUGAAUAAGUAGCGUUCACUCACUAAACAAAUAUUUGUAGCAUCAAUGCUAUAUCUCUGAAGCUGGUGAUAGAUAGAUAGCUGAAGUCUUAUUACAGGAUAAAAAACAUAGAAACUUUUAACAAAUCGGAAGAUGAAAAUCAUAUAAUAUAUUGUUGCCGAAGUACUAAAAAUGGUACUUUUUGACGGUCUUGGUAAACGAGUCAUGGAGAUAUUGAGAUCAUCAUUCAUUACUUUUUCCUUUUUUUGUUUGUUUGGUUUUUAGGUUCCAUGUUGUGGCCUAUUUGCAACAAGUAUGGUGGUUUGAAGUUGAUGGUGUGGUGAGUUUUCCUUUUCCACCGGAUGUCUACACACUUUCGUUUAGGAUCCAUCUUGGCAGGUUCAACAAGAGAUUGGGGAGGCGUGUUUGCAACUUUGAACACACCCAUGGUUGGGAUAUAAAACCAGUGAGGUUCGAGUUCUCGACUUCUGAUGGGCAGCAUGGCGUGAGCGAGUGCUUUCUGGAUGAUGAUGUACAGGAUGAGGUAAGUGGGAAUCACAAGCGUGGGUGCUGGAUAGAGUACAAGGUGGGGAAAUUCCUUGUCACUGGAUCUGAUCCGAUGACUGAGGUUCGGUUUUCAAUGAAACAGAUCGAUUGCACACAUUCCAAAGGCGGCCUUUGUGUGGACAAUGUAUCAAUUGUUCCCAGUGAUCUGAACCGGCAUUCAAGAGAAUGGGAUUUGAAGUAACAGUGACAUGUCUAAGCAUGAAUGAAUAUCCCGUCUGGUUUUAGUUGGGGGUUUAUUCUACUGAUGGUGAUUGUAGCGAAGAAAAAUGUGGGUGUCAUGAUUGAUGUCAUCUUUUUGUAGGUAUAUGCCUCUUAUCCAUGUUGCCUUUCAUCAAUUUUUGUUGACAUGUCGUUGUAAAUUUCAUAUAUGGAAGUUUAGAAUGAUCAAUUUGACCCCUUUUUGUGUCAUUCGAAAGAGAAAUUCUAGUUCUAUAAUUAUAGUAGAGUCCUUGUUUGAGUAAAAUAUAUAAAAACGAUGUUGUUUCACACUAACUUAUAUGUGUGGAUGUAGUCAAAUUUAAAUUUAGGGUAUUCUGUAUUCAUUUUAAGUUUUAACCCUUGUUUAUGUCAUUGGAAAGUUUUUUAGUAUUGCAAAUGUAAUAGACUCAAUUCUGUUCAUUGAGGACUUAGUUGGACAUUUGAUCAUAUCUAAGUUUAUAAUUAUCAAUUUGAGCUCUUU